AUCUUCUAUUCAGGUCUGACAGGCACUGCCAAGGGAUUUGCCACACAAUUGGAGGACCAAAUCAAGGCUGUUUCUGAAGCUGUCAAGGUUAAGCAAAUCCAGGUGUUGGAUAUUACCGAUUAUGACAACGAGGAUUUGUUGACAGAAACCUCUGUUUGUGUAUUUGUUCUUUCUUCUUACAAUAUCGAAGGACCUUUGGACUGGUUUACUAAAUGGUUACGUGAUAUUCGUUAUGAUUUCCGUGUGGACCGUAUUGCAUUAAACAAACUGCGUUAUGCUGUGUGUGGUCUUGGGGACUCUGCCUAUGGUGAUGAAUUCAAUGUUGCUUCCCAAGACAUUGACAAGUGGCUUGGUCAAUUGGGCGCUACUCGCAUUUACCCUCUUGGUGCAUGCGAUAAGAAUGCUGACCAAAAGACCCAGUUUGAGACAUGGGCCCACCAGUUCGUUUCCGAACUUCAGGACAGCCAUUCUCUCGAAUACGCUCCUACAAACAUUGAAUAUGAUUCCGAAGGGGAGGAAGCCGAAGAAGCCGAGGGCGAGGAUGGCAGUCCCGGAUCCGGAGAUGAGAUGGUUGAUUUGGAAGAUAUGGGUAAUAUGGCUGCUAAGCUCAAGGCUGCCAAGCAAGACCCUCUCAAUGACCAGCCCAAGGAAGUGCGCGAGAUGGUUUCUCCUAUGCUUCACAAGAGUUUGACCAAGCAGGGCUACAAGAUUGUCGGCUCCCACUCGGGUGUAAAGAUCUGCAGAUGGACCAAAUCUGCUCUCCGUGGUCGUGGCUUCUGCUACAAGCACGCCUUUUACGGUAUCCAGAGUCAUCUUUGCAUGGAGACCACACCUUCUUUGGCAUGUGCUAACAAGUGCGUAUUCUGCUGGCGUCAUCACACCAACCCCGUCGGUACCGUCUGGCGUUGGAAGGUGGAUGAUCCCAAGUUUAUUUUGGAUGGUGCAAUGGAAAACCACUACAAGAUGAUCAAACAGCUUAAGGGUGUUCCAGGUGUCAAGGCCGAAAGAUUCCAGGAAGCCAAGACCAUUCGUCACUGUGCCCUGUCCUUAGUCGGUGAACCCAUCUUCUAUCCUCAUAUCAAUGAAUUCGUGACCAUGCUUCAUGAACGUAACAUUUCUUCGUUCCUUGUCACCAAUGCACAGUUCCCCGAAGCAAUCACAAAUAUGGUUCCUAUCACUCAGCUCUAUGUGAGUGUCGAUGCAGGUACCAAAGAAAGUCUAAAGAAGAUCGACCGCCCUCUCUUUAGAGAUUUCUGGGAGCGUUUCUUGGGUAGUCUGGAAUCAUUGGCUGAAAAGGGACAGCGUACAGUCUAUCGCCUCACACUCGUCAAGGAUCACAACACAGAAGAAAUUGAUAACUAUGUGGAUCUUAUUCGUCGUGGAAAGCCUUCGUUUAUUGAAGUCAAGGGUGUAACAUAUUGUGGAUACAGUGGAGCCAGUAAUCUUACCAUGGCCAAUGUACCAUACCAUGUUGAAGUUGUUGAUUUCUGUAAAAAGGUUAUUGCAAAACUUGGUUCAGGAUAUGAGAUUUCUUGUGAACAUGCUCACUCGUGCUCUAUUCUGAUUGCCUCGACCGACUUUAAGGUGAAUGGUGAAUGGCAUACCCACAUUGAUUAUGAGAGAUUCUUUGCUCUGGUCAAGAGCGGGCAGCCUUUCACUAGUUUGGAUUACAUGGCAAAGACCCCAGAUUGGGCCAUCUUUGGUACUGACGAAGCUGGUUUUGACCCAGAAGAAACUCGAUUCUAUCGUAAAAACCGAAAA